AUGAUUAUAGAAAAACUAAUUUUUUUCUUAUUAAUUCCGAUUAUAAAUGGUCAUUCAUCAAAAUCAUAUUAUUUAAUUGAUAUUGAUACAAAUUUAUCAUCGAAUGAAACUUAUUGUUCAAAUAUAUUAACAAAUGAACAAAUCUAUCGUAUUCCUAAACAAUGUCAACAACAUUUACUAUGUGAUCCAUAUUAUUGCGAUGAUAAAUCAUUUCGUUGUAUUAAAAUACGUGAAACAUUAUGUUGUUUAUAUAAAUAUUUUCAAUCAAAUUGUCAACAAAAUAAUUCAAAUCAAAUCAAAGAUGUUUUUCGUUCAGUUUAUUUUCAAAUGUCAAUUGAACAUGGAUAUUGUGAAAUAAAUCUAGAACGAAUUGAAAAAAAUGAUGAAGCUUAUUGUAUUGCAAAUAUUAAUCAAGAUAUACAACAGCCAAUACAAAUAUUAACAACAACAACACCACCAUCAUCAUUAAUAAUUGAAUCGACUACAAGUCGAUCAUUGUAUAAACACUUUCAACGACGUCCAUCAUCAUUACGACCUAAUAAUCGUUAUCGUCAUCGUAUUGCAACACGACAAAACUAUUCAUCAUUAGCUAAUUUAAAUUAUUUACGACAAGUUACAAUAAUUCAAGAACAUACUUCAUCGACAUGUUCAAUAAAUUUUCUAAAUUGUUUUCUUAUGUUUAUUUUAUUAUUGUCAAUUUUAAUCUAA